AUGCCAACACAGUCGCCGUAUGAGAUCUUUGACGAGGAAACAGUGGAGGAUGAUAGUAGUACCAGCUCGUUUACGCUCACCGACGCACAAAAGGAGACGAUCGUCUUCAACUUUGAAAAGGCUGAAAAGUUGCUAUUGGAGGCCAGCGAGAAGGAUGCCAAGAUUGCUCUGCUGGAAACCAAAGAAAAAGACAACAAGCUGGUCAAUCUGUUGGAGGUCAGAGAAUAUAAUGAUAAAAUAGUUAGUCUGCUGUUGGAAAUCAAAGAAAAGGACGAUAAGAUAGUUAGUCUGCUGUCGGAGGCUAAAGAGAAGGAUGUUGAGAUGCUCAAGUUGCAAGACAAGAUGCUUGGGCUACUAUCUGGGACUAGGGAAAAGGACGACAGAAUGCAAAGUCAAGCCCUCAACAGACUUGCCAGCCUUCAAAAGCGUGCUCAUGCUAUCCUCUCCCAGAACUUUGAGCUUCACGAAUGUCCAUUUCCUCGAUUAUUUAUAAUUUUGCCUGUCGACCGCCCCAGAUGGGACUCAGCGGAUGUCUUGAAGAACAAGUUCCGUCUCCAUUUCCUUUGUGAAUCUGGUGGCCACACCACAAUGCCCGGCAAAAGUAGCCAGAGUCAAAUCCAUAUUACCAAACAUGACGGAUACGAAGUCCGAGAUUGCACAGGAAUCGUCAGGAAGUAUGGAAAAUAUAUGCUCAUCCUCUUACAUUGGCUCAAGUUGGGAAUGCCUUCGUCUGCUUCUUCAGCACCAGACUCAAGUUUAAUCGAUAUCGGUACCGACUGUUUAAUGGGCUAUAUGGAUGCGCUCUCUAAGAAGCAUCCGGACUUGAACAACAUCAAUACAAUCGAUGACUAUGAAGGACUUGAGAGAGCUGAGCUCCGAGAGCUGAGAACAUUUCUUCGAACCAACAAUGAUGACAGACAAAUUGACGAUUUGUACAGGGUUGCGACCGGAACAGGGCAUUUUAAAUGGGUUUGCCUCGAUCACUAUCGUCCGACGUUAAAAGAGCAAGAACAGAAGGCGUUUGAAAGUGCAGUAAUGGCCAAUGGUGGUAAAUAUGACGCGUACAUUGGUAAAGUGAUUGUCACUUUGGAAUCCAGAACCAAAGCUGAAAAAUUCUUCACGAUCCUAACCAAUGCAAGACGUGUUUAUGAGUUGGAUAUCACAUUCGAUUGGGAUUGGACCGAGGUUGAGCUUGAAGCAUUUGAGAAUGUCUUAAAGACUAACAAGGCUUUAACUAUUUUGGACUUGGGAUACAACUCGAUCGGGAAUGAUGGAGUUGUAGCGCUGUCAGAGGCACUCAAGGUUAACAAAACCUUGACCGCUUUGGACAUGAAGUAUAACUUUAUUGGGGAUGAAGAAGCUCUGGCACUGUCAAAGGCGCUCGAGACAAACACUACUUUGACCGCUUUGAACCUGGAGUGUAACUCAAUAGGGAAAGAAGGAAUCCUGGCACUGUCCGAGGCACUCAAGGUCAACACGACUUUGAGUACUUUGAAUCUGGGGACCAAUUCACUUGGGAAGGAAGAAGCUCUGGCAUUAGCAGAGGCACUGACGACUAACACGGCUUUGAUCUCUUUGUGCUUAAGUUGGAACCCAAUCGGGAAUGGAGGAGCUGUGGCAUUAGCAGAGGCACUCAUGGUCAACAAUACUUUGACCACUUUGAACUUGGGUUUCAAUGCAUUUGGGACUGAAGGAGCUCUGGCAUUAGCAGAGGCACUGGCGACGAACACUGCAUUGACCACUGUGGACUUGAAGGGUAACUCAAUCGGGAUUGAAGGGGCCUUUGCACUAUCAGAGGCGCUCCAGUUUAACGUGGCUUUGACGCUUUAUACAUGA